AUGGACACCCCUACUCUAGCAGAAACAGACGAUCGACGCCAUUCCUCUACGCAACAGUCAUCAACAAAAAGUACAUAUACCACCACUCAAACAUCGGAUCACUCGAACCAACACCUGUUCAUCAACCUCUUCCAGCGAAACGUCACCGUGUUCCCCAAUGCCUGUCAUCCCGAUCGCCACCGGAGUCUGGCCGAAAACGAGCGUCAAAGUGCGUUCAUCCAGGAUGUAGCAGAAUCAUUGGGGCUUGCGAAUUUGUCGGAUGAAGCUGCCACGGCACUGGCAGCUGAUGUUGAAUUUCGGUUAACUCAAUUGAUCGAAGAUAGCAUCAAGUUUAUGAGGCACUCCAAGAGGACAAAUUUAUUGGUUGAAGAUGUCGACUACGCGCUACGUGCGAAAAAUAUCGAACCUCUUUGGGGAUUUGCCUCUACAGACACCCUCUCAUUUCGAAGAACAACAUCUGCUGUUGGAAAUUUGUAUUUCAUAGACGAAGAGGAGAUCGAUCUGACCAAGGUAUUGGCCGCAGAAUUACCUCCUGUGCCACAAGAAACCAGUUACACAGCUCAUUGGCUGGCAGUCGAAGGUGUCCAACCGGCAAUACCCCAAAACCCCACACCAGCAGAGCUCAAGUCGCAUCCUGCUUUCUCGGGGCUCCAGUCUUCAGCUAUUCCAUCAAGCUCAAAACAGCCACCAGAAUCCCAAAAUCUAACCACCAAAGAGCAUUUAUCACGUGAACUUCGACUAUAUUUUGAUCGUGUCACCGCCGCCGCGCUGUCAAAUGAUCAGAGUUCAAGAAACGCAGCCUUAGCCAGUUUGAGUGGUGAUCCUGGUCUUCAUCAACUUGUACCGUAUUUGAUUCAGUUUGCGGCAGAAAAAAUCACCACUACACUCUCUCAUCCCGAACCAUCAAUGCAAUACCUGAGAGACGCACUGCAGAUUCUCGAGUCAAUUCUCUCUAAUCCGCAUUCAUACUUGGAACCCUAUCUACACCAAAUACUACCCUCGAUCCUCACCUGUUUGCUCUCAUCCUCCUUCCCAUCUUCACCCGUGACCGACGACCUCGAGCGAGAGAUCAGAUGUACAGCCGCCUCAUUAUUAAAGUCGCAACUGAAUCGUUAUCAACAUUCUUAUCCGACAUUACGCACCCGUAUUCUGAAAACUCUUACAAAAUCAUUGAUUGAUCCCCAGUCAACUGACCGUAAUCAGCUUGGUGCGAUCGUUGGCGUCAAAUAUUUGGGUCUUGAACCCACCAAGACUGUCCUCUCUCAGAAUAUCAAGGCAUUUGGUGAAAGCUUGGAUCUCAGCUUAAGUGAAGGCAAGGCAGAUCAAAUACGGUUGGAUAACCUUAUUAAAGAAACUUUGAAAAUCAUGUCUGAAGCCUAUUCGGAACAACAAAUACACCGGAAAACCAACUCAAAAUCCAAGAAAAAACUGCGCAGCAUACCCGCCCAGGAUGAACUAGAGGCCGAAGUUGGGGUCCAGUUUGCGGCAAGGUUGAUGUCGACAUCAGAUGAAGAAGAGACAAGCACGAUACAACUUUGA